AUGGCAGGCUACCAAGCACACGCGGCCGACGGCAGGAAGAACGGCGACAUCUACAGAGAUUACAACGAUGACCGCAAUGCCUCUUCCGAGGACACCCUCUACUGCACCAGCAACGGUGUCCCGUACCCUCACCCGUACGAGACACAGCGAGUCGGCGAGAACGGUCCUCUGCUCCUCCAGGACUUCCACUUGAUUGACCUCAUCUCUCACUUUGACAGAGAGAGGAUUCCAGAGCGUGUUGUCCACGCCAAGGGCAGCGGUGCCCACGGCUACUACAAGUGUACCGAUCCGCUUGACGACCUCUGCUUGGCCGACAUGUUCCAGGCAGGCAGGACUUGCCCCAUUAGCAUGCGGUUCUCCACCGUUGGUGGUGAGUCUGGCAGCCAUGACUGCGCGCGGGACCCUCGUGGUUUCGCCGUCAAGUUCCGGACAGACGAGGGCAACUGGGACAUGGUCUUCAACAAUACUCCCGUCUUCUUCCUGAGAGACCCGGCCAAGUUCCCUCACUUCAUCCACACCCAGAAGCGCGACCCGGCUACCCAUCUCUCGGGCGCUGACGACUCGACCAUGUUCUGGGACUAUGUCUCCCAGAACCCGGAGUCUGUCCAUCAAAUCAUGAUCCUUAUGGGUGAUCGCGGUAUUCCAGAUGGCUACCGCUUCAUGCACGGCUAUAGCGGCCAUACUCUGAAGCUCGUCAAUAAACAGGGCGAGUGGGUCUACGUUCAGUUCCACUUCAAAUCCAAGCAAGGCACUAAGUACUUCACUCAAGAGGAGUCUACCACAAAGUCACCCGACCACUCCCAGAAGGACUUAUACUACGCCAUUGAAAACGGCGACUUUCCUGGCUGGGACAUGUGCGUCCAGACAAUGAAGCCCAAGGAGGCUGAGGAGCUCUGGGAGAAGCAGAAGAUCAACGUGUUUGAUUUGACUCACGUCUGGCCGCAGAAGCAGUUCCCCCUCCGCAAGGUUGGCGAGAUCGUUCUUAACGAGAAUGCGAAAAACUACUUCGCGGAGAUCGAGCAGAUCGCGUUCAACCCGGCACAUAUGCCGCCUGGUAUUGAGCCGUCUGCCGAUCCUGUGCUGCAGAGCCGUCUCUUCUCCUACCCUGAUACCCACCGUCAUCGCAUUGGCGCCAACUACCAGCAGCUCCCUGUCAAUGCACCACGUGUGCCAUACAGGUUCGCCAACUUCCAGCGCGAUGGCCAGAUGGCUUUCUACAACCAGGGCUCGCGACCGAACUACCUCUCCUCCAUCGAGCCCAUCACCUUCCGCAACCGCACCGUCGAUCUUGACAAGGUUCACGGCCACUUCCAAGGCAAGGCCAUCGCCUUUCUCUCGGAAAUCAGACCCGAAGACUUCAACGCCCCUCGCAACCUGUGGGAGAAGGUCUUCGAUGACGGCGCCAAGGAGCGCUUCAUUAAGAACGUCAGCGGGCACAUGUCCAAUUGCAGGAGGGAGGAGAUCAUCAAGCGCCAGAUCGCCAUCUUCCGCGAGGUGUCCGAGGACAUUGCGCAGCGCCUCGAGAAGGCGACUGGUAUCAAGGGCUACGAUGGUAUCUCGGAGCUCCGGUUCAACGGCACGCACAACGGCAUGGCCAAGGACAAGAGCCUGAGGAACGCAAACGGGAUGAAGAUGCAGGCGGGCAGCACCGUUCCGGACAACAAUGGCGCGCCUACCUAUGGCACUCACACGGUAGAGCAAACCAAUGGUCACUCGAACGGUACCAACGGUGUCAACGGUUCCAAGUAA